AUGGCCACACACUCAAAUCCAAACACGACCAUCGACCCAAACAGCGGCUUCUGUUCUCGUUCUAGAAUCUUCCACAGCCUCCGUCCAAACGUCCCCCUCCCUCCGCCUGCUCAGCCGCUCUCCAUCAUCGACUACGCCCUCUCCCUCCUCCCAGCCGCCGCCACCACCACCGAGACCUUCGCCCUCAUCGACGCCGCCACGGACCGCCACCUCUCCUACUCCCUCUUCAUCCGCCAAGUCAAAUCCCUGGCCUCCUCACUCCAAUCCCUCACCCCUCUCUCCAAAGGCCACGUGGCUCUAAUCCUCACCCCAACCUCCUUAUACGUCCCUGUACUCUACUUCGCUCUCCUCUCGCUUGGCGUCACAAUCGCACCUGCGAACCCGCUCAGUUCCCCUUCCGAGGUGACUCACCUCGUCCGACUCGCUAAACCCACCAUUGCCUUCGCCACCUCCACCGCCGCCACGAAGAUCCCCUCCCUCAAAUUCGGCACCGUUCUCAUCGACUCCCCGCUCUUCCUCUCCAUGCUCGACGCUAACGCAGACUCACACUCGCGCGCUUCCCGAGUCGAACUGAGUCAGUCCGAGACCGCCGCGAUUCUCUUCUCCUCGGGCACCACAGGGCGCGUGAAGGGCGUGUUACUCACGCACCGCAAUCUCAUCGCAGUUAUAGGUGGGUUCUAUCACCUGAGGAGCAUCGCGCUGAGCGAAGCCGACGAAGCGGAGCCGCAUCCCGUGUCACUGUUCACGCUUCCGCUGUUCCACGUGUUCGGGUUCUUCAUGCUGGUUAGGUCUAUGGCCGUAGGGGAGACGCUCGUUCUGAUGCAGAGAUUCGAUUUCGAAGGGAUGCUCAAAGCCGUAGAGAGGUAUAAAAUCGCAGUGAUGCCUGUGUCGCCGCCGCUCGUGGUGGCCCUCGCCAAGUCGGAGCUCGUGAACAAGUACGACCUCAGAUCGCUUCGGAUAAUUGGUUGCGGCGGCGCCCCGCUCGGCAAGCAGGUCGCCGACGACUUCAAAGCCAAAUUCACCCACGUUGAAAUUGCUCAGGGCUAUGGUCUGACUGAAAGUGCAGGAGGGGCAGCUAGAACGUUGGGUCCUGAUGAGUUUAAGCGCCAUGGUUCUGUGGGUCGACUAUCAGAAAACAUGGAGGCUAAGAUAGUGGACCCUGUUACUGGAGAGGCAUUACCUCCAAACCAAAAAGGGGAACUGUGGAUUCGAGGUCCAUCAAUCAUGAAAGGUUAUGUAGGAGAUGAGAAGGCGACAGAUGAAACAUUGGAUUCAGAGGGAUGGCUGAAGACUGGCGAUCUUUGUUAUUUUGACUCUGAUGGUUUCCUCUACAUUGUAGAUAGACUGAAGGAAUUGAUCAAAUACAAAGCUUAUCAGGUUCCCCCUGCUGAAUUGGAACAUAUACUUCUCACCAAUCCUCACGUCGCUGAUGCUGCAGUAGUUCCGUACCCAGAUGAAGAAGCAGGACAGAUUCCUAUGGCCUUUGUAGUAAGAAAACCUGGAAGUAACAUCUCUGCAGAUCAGAUCAUGGAGUUUGUGGCAAAGCAGGUUUCUCCAUACAAGAAGAUACGGCGUGUUUCUUUUGUGAAUUCUAUCCCAAAAUCUCCUGCUGGAAAAAUUUUGAGAAGAGAAUUAGUUGAUUAUGCUCAAUCCAUUGGUUCAUCCAAAUUGUAA